CCAUGGCCAGACUGAUCCAAGUGUUCAGGAGGAAAGCGGUGAGCGUCACAGACACUCGUGUCCGCACCAUGAACGAGGUUCUCACAUGCAUCAAACUCAUCAAGAUGUAUGCCUGGGAAACCUCCUUCCAGAAGAAAAUCACCGACAUCAGGAAGAAGGAGAAGCAGCUGCUGGAGAUGGCUGGCUACACCCAGAGUAUCAACUCCUCCAUCACAACCAUCAUCCCCACCCUGGCAACCAUCCUCACCUUCGUGGUCCACACCCUGCUGGGCCUGCCCCUCGGCACCUCGGAAGUGAGUAGUAUACCUAAUACCUAGUCCUAAUACCUAGUC